AUGCCGCGCACCAACAAAGUGGAAGAUCCCGACGAUGAGCGGCUGUUUGGCCACCGCGGCAUUGAAAUUCACGACAACAUCGGCGUCUCGAUUGAUGACAUUUUGAUUCGCCGGAAGGAUCAAGCGCGCAUCCUUGAGCAAACGCUGCAGCUGCUGUUUGCUGCGGAGGUGCUGCUGUUCGUGGAGUAUAUGGAGGUGUUCAUGCCGCUACUGUACGCUGCGUGCAUCGGUGGCCUGUGGAACCUGCCCAACGCUAGGUACAACGUCAUGCUGAUGAACAUGAGCUACGAUGCCGUGGUGCUUGAAGUUCUGACUUCGAUGGGCUACGCCAUGUUGGAGGUCGUGUCGUUCUUGUCCGUGUACUAUUUCAUCAAGAAGAAGUACGGCAUCUCGGCGCUCUACCAGCUCGCGUUCCUGCUCGAGUCGUACACCAUGACGCUACACGGCAAACUCAUCGGCUGCUUCAUCACCAUCCUCAACUCGUCGACAAUGCACCAAGGCAUCGACAUUACCUUCAAGUUCGACUGGGACGCACUCCUCAAGACCCCAAAUCCGUACACAGACGAUCGGUAG